AGGCUCGUGCGUCGCCAUGGCGACGAGGGGGCGUCGUGGCGGCAUGGCGGAGCGCCGGGCGCUCGAGACACGUGUGGUAGAGAACCAGCCGUACGACGAGAGCCUGGAGCUGCCAGAGGCCGAGGAGGCGGGCGGCGCGGCGGGGAGACCGGACGGGGGCAUCUCUCCAGGCCGCCCCCGGAGGUCCCGCCGGCCGGAGCUGCCUGGGGCUGGCGGCGGCGGGGCCGAUCGUAGUAGCGACGAGGAGGCCAGCGGCGGCAAGAAGGAGGUGGCGGCCCGCUCGGCCCCCGCGACUGCCCUCAGCGAGGAGGAGGACGACGAUGACUCGGAAGAGGAAGAUUCAUCCGAGACCGACUCGGAGGAUGACUCGGAGGAGCACGGGGCUGCACUGGAGGGUGACUUCAAUCUAGCAGAUUACGACUACCUGCCAGUGACUUCAGAAAUCAAAGAACUCUUUGAGUACAUCAAGAGGUACACUCCCAAAACAAUAGAGAUUGAGUCGAAACUUCAGCCUUUUAUUCCAGAAUUUAUUCCUGCUGUUGGAGACAUUGACGCGUUCCUAAAGGUUCCUCGUCCUGAUGGCAAGCCAGAUAACCUGGGCCUGUUGGUCCUGGAUGAGCCAUCAACCAAACAGUCAGACCCCACUGUGCUCUCCCUUUGGCUGACAGAGAACUCCAAGCAGCACAACAUCACCCAGCAGAUCAAAGUGAAGUGUUUGGAGAAUGCAGAGAAGAACCCCAAAGCCAUCGAGGACUGGAUUGAGAGUAUCAGUGAGCUGCACCGCUGCAAACCUCCUGCCACAGUCCAUUACACCAGGCCAAUGCCUGACAUCGAGAGCCUGAUGCAGGAAUGGUCAUCUGAAUUUGAGGAGCUCUUGGGAAAGGUGGGCCUCCCGACGGCGGAGAUGAACUGCAACCUGGCUGAGUACAUCAACAUGAUAUGUGCCAUCCUGGACAUCCCUGUGUACAAGGGCCAGAUCCAGCCCCUGCACGUCCUCUUCUCCCUCUACUCAGAGUUCAAGAACUCACAGCAUUUCAAGCCAUUGGCUGACAGGAAGAAGGGCGGAAGCUCACCCUCCAACCCACCAUUGCAAACAGCAGACACGGAAGUGUUAACCUUCACUUGAAGGUUCACUUUGCCUCUUGCACCAUCUGCUGCUGGACAUCGAGGUGUGAACAAAGCAGCCUGGGAAGCAACACGCGGCACCUGAGAGGCCUCCCUGCUGUUACAGACGUUGGUGUUCACAGGACUUCACUCAUCACAGUCAGUGCAGAAGCUGACUAAUCGCUCCAUUUCUGACUUGUGCCCGGGAGGCCAGCAUUAAACCAUCUCUCCCCAGCAACAGGCUGUAGGAACUGCAGAGCAGAGGGUCCUCGGGCACACACUACAAGUGCUGUAGCAAGUGUGAAUAAACUCCAGGCU